GAUAAAAUUGAAGAUGAAUUAGAAAUGACUACAGUGUGCCAUAGACCCGAAGGCCUGGAGCAGCUCGAAGCACAGACCAAUUUUACUAAGAGAGAACUGCAGGUGCUUUACAGAGGAUUCAAAAACGAAUGUCCUAGUGGGGUGGUUAAUGAAGAGACGUUCAAACAGAUCUACGCACAGUUCUUCCCGCACGGAGAUGCCAGCAUGUACGCACAUUAUCUCUUCAACGCCUUUGACACUGCACAAAAUGGCUCUGUGAAGUUUGAGGAUUUUGUGAUGGCCUUGUCAAUUCUGUUGCGAGGAACGGUCCACGAAAAGCUGCGAUGGACAUUUAACCUCUACGACCUAAACAAGGAUGGCUAUAUAAACAAGGAGGAAAUGAUGGAUAUAGUAAAAGCAAUUUAUGAUAUGAUGGGAAAAUACACAUAUCCAGUGCUCAAGGAAGAUGCUCCGAGGCAGCACGUAGAAGUAUUCUUCCAGAAAAUGGAUAAAAACAAAGAUGGUGUUGUAACUUUAGAUGAGUUUAUUGAAUCGUGUCAGGAGGACGACAACAUCAUGCGAUCCUUACAGCUCUUCGAGAACGUCAUGUAAGCAGGCACCGCGGGAGAGCGCUGCGGGAGUCAGAGACGUUGUGGGUAACGAAGACCUCCUUUCCUGGUGAAAGCUUUUUACAGUUCAGCCAUGUCCAGCGUGUGAGGAUUUUGUAUGACAUCUCCAGUCAAACGGCGACCGAACGCAACCACCCCUUCUCUCCCUCUCAGAGACGCUGGGGGAACUUUAUUUCAUUUUGGAAGCAUGUGAAUAUUUUAAUGAAACCUGAUGAGAAAGAGCUGCUGCUCGGAGUUUAAUGAGUAAUAUACAGUUCUGUUUGCUAGGCACAAGUCCUGCUUUUAAUCUAGCAAGCUUGAUUAGAUACGAUAGCACAUGUCGAUAGCUUACCUGGUCAUCUGCUAUGAGUGAAAAGCUCCAUCCAC